AUGGAAUCCAAAGAGAAGGUAGAACAAUGCUUGAAGCGCCUAUGGAAAAUGAACUUGGUGGGCUGCAUUGAAACUCUGGCAGGACUGAUUCCCAAGAAAAAUACACCCCAAGCCCAUGCAGAGUGCUUAGUUCCCAGCCAGCCUAUGCUGGAGACAGUGGCUCUGAAGGUGUUGGGAGGUUGCAAGCUCAUACUGCGUCUACUGGACUGUUGCUGUAAGGCUUUUCUCUUGUCCGUUAAACAUCUCUGCUCGGAAGAAUUCAUACUUUUGAACACCGUGGCUUCGGGGUUGUUGAGCCGGCUAUGGAUUCAGUACAGGUGUGUAUUGCAGAGCCUCAUGUCCUUGUAUGGCACAUUGUCGACAUCACUGCAUCUGGUAUCUCAGACCCAACAGAUGCCUUAUGUCAAGGGGUUUACCUUCCCUUCUGAUAUCAGUAACUUCCUUGGAGUUAACAUUUCUUCUGAGGUGAAGAAGCAAAAGGCUAGAAUGCUUACAACAAAAAAACCUACUGGCUGGCUGAAGAAGCUCUUCCCAAUGAUGCCAGAGGCAGUGUCGGAGGUUGGGAAAAAGAGAAAUUUUGCCACCUGCACGAGUGCUGUGAAAAACUGUAGCACCCCGUGCCCCGCGGACAUCGGAGAGCCAGUUCUGGUGACAAGAGCCAGCAGAGGGAAGCACCUGGGGUUUGACGUGAAGAGCUUACUUAGACCAUCCAGACUGCCAACACAAGAGGGUAUAAGCAUUGCAUCAACACCUUUUAAAACAAAGUUGGCAUCACUUUCCUCUCGUAUAGCAAAAUCGCAGCAUGCUGGAUCUCUUGUAGAGAUGGUCCAAACAGCUACGUCAUUCGGGGAACUGUCAGAGGCACUCAGAAAAGCUAUUCUGUGGUGCAAAGGCAACAAAUUCAAGUCAGCAGCUUAUUUUCUGCGUAACAAGUUGCUGAAAAGCAACCGGCUGCACCACGUGGAGGCUCAAGGAUGCAGCUUGAAGAAAAAACUGUGCUGUGUCAAAACAUCUGUCCGUAAAUACCUCCUAUACGGGUCACUAAACGCGCGCUGGCCGAAGCGGUACCUCGGGGCACGGUUCUGUCGAAGGAGGAUCAAAUCAUCCGCCCGCUUGAAGAGAACUCUGAAGACUGUUGGGCAAAAACCUUCUGAGCUUUUUGGGGUCUGUGAGAACAGUGCAUCUCUCGUCCCCCCAGCUUACCAGGAGGGGCCUCCGAGUCGGGAAGGGCGUUCCAGUGCUGAUACAGGCUGUGUCGAACUGAGCACAGCAGGGGCUCCGAAGCGGCUGCUGCUGGAAGGAAGCCCUGGCCCUGUGUGGAAAGAAGCUACUGAGAACAUGGAUAUUGAUUCUAUUUUUGCAGCAAUGGGUGUCUGA